AUGCGCUUCUGGGCGCAGCACCAUUUUGUGCUUCGCACAGCAGUUGCAAGUAGUCACCAUACUACUUUUAGACGAAUGCCUACCUUAUUAGGAGUUAGAAGAUCAAUGAUAAGAUCAGCGACAGUGACAGGUGCUCGGUACUUUGCUCGUGUCUCACCCAUUCAAGGCACUAUCGACGCCCCCAAAGGUGGUUUCGUGACGGAAGACAUUAAAAUUGAUAUGAAUGCCAAUCUUGGUGGGGCGUACGCCCGUGGUGUUUUUGCGCGUCGUGAGAUUGGUUAUGGACGCGAGAUUAUGAACAUACCCGCUUUUGUGAUGUACAUUGGUGAUAACAAUGAACAACCGCUGCGGGAUCAGGUAAUGAUUCUUACAAAGGAAGUUUUUACAAAACUUGUUCUAGGUUCACCAGAGGAGCAGAAGUACAUCAAACACCGCGUGGCGACGCUAAUGUCUGGUGGUUUCUCAUAUUUUACGCGUGAAAAGGAUGUCUUUGAGUUUGCAGAAGAAGUUCGAGCUCCUGGACCGGAGGGGGCUCUUAAGAAUGGUGCAAACUUCCUACUUAGUGGUGAAUUUUCCUCAUAUGAUCUUCAAAAAUUGCCACUCAUCAUUGAAUUUAAUCGAUACGACGUUGAAUACAAUGGACGACGAGGCAUAUGUCUGUUCCCAGAGGCACAAUAUUUUAACCAUCAGUGCGACCCAAAUGUGGAAGUGACAAUCACGUACAAUAGUAUAAAGGGUGUUUUUUUCUUAAGCGCUCGGACAGUUAGGCCCGUGCGUGAGGGUGAAGAGCUAUUUAUAAACUACAUGCCAGGAAAUACAUUACCUAUUUCAAGGUUGGCGUUGGCUAUGAAAAAACGGUGGGGAUUUGAGUGCACGUGUGUUAGAUGCAAAAGUCGCGGUAUUGGUGCUGUGACGAUGUUAUUUGUUGUUGUAAUGGUUCCUAUGACAGCGUACCUGCGCUCAAUUAACGUGAGCCGUACAAAAGAAAAACAACGUGGUAUUUGA